CUGAAAGCUUCAAACAACACUUCAUUUAAGAAACUCUGAAAUCAACAACUAGAUCUGAUAUUCACUCACAGUCAUGGCAUCCUCCAGUGGUCCAGCACUAAAUGAGGAGCUCCAGUGCUCCAUCUGUCUGGAAGUGUUCACUGAUCCAGUCACCACUUCAUGUGGACACACCUUCUGCAGAACCUGCCUGAGCAAGUGCUGGACAAGCUCUCGGAACUGCUUCUGUCCGUUUUGUAAAGAAAAAUUCAGCAGGAGACCUGAUCUCAAGAUUAAUACAACACUCAGAGAGGUUGUGCAACACUUUAAGAAGAAACGCAAACUAGAAGAAUCUGAGGUGUUCUGUGACUUCUGUGAUGAAAGAAAGCAGAAAGCUGUGAAGUCCUGCCUGAUGUGUCAAAGCUCUUACUGUGACUCUCAUCUGGAGCCUCAUCUCAGAGUCCCACGUCUAAAGAAACACAAACUGAUCAAUGCUGUGGAAAAUCUGGAGGAUUAUAUAUGCCAGAAACAUGAGAGACCUCUGGAGAUGUUCUGCAGAGAUGAUCAGACGUGUGUUUGUCUGUCCUGCACUGAAGGAGAACACAGGACUCACAACACUGUUCCUAUAGAGGAGGAGAUUCGAGAGAAGAAGAUUCAUUUGGCUAAGAGACAAACUGACUUUCAUCAGAUGAUCCAGGACAGAAUAAAGAGGAUUGAAGAGAUCCAGGACUUAGUAGAGCUGAGAAAGAGAAACACAGAUAAAGAGAAAUCCUCCAGAGUUGAGAUCUUCACUGAUCUGAUCCGCUCCAUUGAGAGAUGUCAGUCUGAGCAGCUGAAGAUGAUGGAGGAACAGCAGAAAGAAGCAGAGAAACAGGCUGAAGAUCUCAUUAAAGAGCUGCAGCAGGAAAUCACUGAGCUGCAGCAGCUCUCACACACUGAUUAUCAUCUCCACCUCAUACAGAUGAACUCAUCCCUGUACAUUCGUCCACACACCAAGAACUGGACUGAGAUCAGGAUUGACUCUGAUGUGAAUGUGAACUCUCUGUAUAGAGCUGUGACUCUACUGAAGAAAACUCAAGAGACACUAAAUAAAACAAUCGGUCAAACUGGGUUCAAGUGGGCUCAGAAGUUUGCAGUGGAUGUGACUCUGGAUCCUGAUACGGCUUAUCCACGUCUCAUCAUGUCUGAUGAUGGAAAACAAGUCAGUACUGGAGACAUUAAGCAGAACGUCCCAGAAAACCCAAAGAGAUUUGAUUUCUGUACUUCUGUUCUGGCAAAGGAGGGAUUCAGUUCAGGGAGAUUUUACUAUGAGGUGCAGGUGAAGGGAAAGACUGAGUGGAGUUUAGGAGUGGCCAGAGAAUCCAUUAACAGGAAGGGGAAGAUCACACUGACUUCUGUGAAUGGAUACUGGACUGUGUUUCUGAGGAAUGAGAAUCAAUAUAUAGCUUUGGAUAAUCCAUACGUCUCUUUAUCUCUGACAGUGAAACCUGAGAAGGUGGGAGUGUUUGUGGAUUAUGAGGAGGGUCUGGUCUCUUUUUAUGAUGUGGGCUCCAGAUCUCAUAUCUACUCUUUCACUGGUCAGACUUUCACUGACAAACUCUAUCCAUAUUUCUAUCCAGGCAAUAAUUAUAAAGGUAAAAACUCAAAGCCACUGAUCAUCACACCUGUCAACUGAAACAAAUAAAUAAAAUAAAAUCUGAAAAGAUUGCUGUUUUUAGAAUAUGUUAAUAAAAAGGCCCUCAAAAAAACAUCAACUAUAAUGAAAUAUUUGUGUUAUAUGUUGUGUGAAAAGAUACUUCAUUGUGGUUACAUUUGAAUGGCUAAUUUAUUACGAGUCUAUAUUUUCUAAUCAACACAAUGAUUUCUUAAUUUCCAUUAAUACUUUGCUUUCUAUAUAAUAUACUACAUUUCCAAACUU